AUGCCUGUAACUAUAAUUGUUAACCCAGAAGCAUCCAUGUCCCGUUUACGAUCUGACACGUUCAUCAAACCUGGCUCGGAGAGCAGUUUCGACAGUGAAGACUUGAAUUCCAGGAGGUACCGACAAGAGCUUGAAAAUUGUGACCUACAAAUGAUUGACAUGGCGAUGGCAAUGUGGCCAGUGGUCACCGUCACAAUUGCUCUGGUGUUUAGUUACUUUGCAUAUGACACUCAUAGUUCCACUUCGUUCAAGCCAUAUAUUGCGCAUCAUAUCCAACUCGCAAUCGCGUACUGUUUAUGCCUGGUGUUAUUUGCAAUGUUUUCGCUAAAACAACAAUUUUUCGUGGAUUUUCUUGCGUUUUGUUCCUACUACUCCACGUUAUUCUCACAUUUAGAAACAAGUAGCGAAAGAAAACUCAGAAUUGCUGGAUUCCUUUCUUCUCAAUUAUCGGUCAGUCUAUUCUGCCUUCAUCUGUCCGGACCUUUGUUCUCCUGGCUUGACACUGAGAAGAAAUACAUAAGCACGGAUGGUACUGAAGCCAUCUAG